AGCGAUAACCUUAGAUAUGCAACAAAGUGCCGAGCUGCCCCUUGGGCCAAAGGUCAAUGAGCUGCUCCUAUGAGGACGACCCUCGUGAAGUCAUCUGUGAGCGCCAGGGGAAAUGAAGAGCUUAAUGAAAUGAAACAAGGGACAGGAUGUGACAAGUUGUCGCCUUUUAAUCCAGAGGAAGAUGAUUUUGAUUGAAAGAAAGCUAUUACAGAAUAGCACCAUACUUUGGAGCUGUUUUUCUGGAUCUGUGGCUGUAGUCAUGGUGGAGGGAAUUAGCAGAUGUUUUAAAUAGCAGUCAGUACCAAAAAAAAAAAAAAAAGUUGGGAAAAGCCAACUACUUGGUCCUUCAAAUGGUAGCACUUGUGCACUGGCUCCCAUUGGACAUGAUUUGGAAUGUGAUUGGUUAAUUUUGAACACAUCCAUAGUCUUAAAUUGUGAGAGGGUGUACAGACUUGUGCAAGCACAUUAUUGCAAUUGUUUAUUUUCAAUUGAAUUAAUUUCUUUGCAUGGUGGAAAACCUUAUGAAAUUAUUUACUUUGGUGUAUUUGUUUUUUUUUUACUUCACAAAACUGGCAUUAGAGCAGGGGUGUGUCAACUUUAAAUAUACAUAAAUGAUAUUUUUGGCCUCUAUUGCUUCUUACUCCGCAGCAACCACAAUCUUAAACAUUGUAAAAUGAAUCGUUGACAGUCAAAACAAAGCUAGAGUAAAUUUCUAAACGGCACAAUUUGUAAGUGUACUUACUAUAUUUGACCUGUUGGACCAAACUACAGUCAGUGUUCCAUAAAAAUAAAUUCCAAACAUCACACGCCAUAUGACAGAAACCUCGUACGCAAAGCGCCCUUUGACCAUUCUUUAUUAGUUGCAGAUCGGAGUUAUAAAGAUGAGCAGAGGAAGUGUCUUCAAAUGACAACAUGGAACUGGUCAGACUUGUGCGAGCGUGUGUGACUUUACUUCUUUUUCUUAGCAGUAGCUGUGGCGCUUACAUGGCAUCAGCGCCAACUCUAAAAAUGGACCAGGCUUUGGUAAUAUUUCAUAACCAGCUGCCACAUGAAGUGAAAGUCCUCUACACAUCCGAUUAUUGUUACAAGUGUGUGUACCAGAGUUUGGGGAAUGUGAGAGCCAACUACAAAAAUGCAUCCGCAAUCAUCAGCACCAAAUUCACUUUGAGUAUGCGAGUGGAAUCCAUCGAGGAUAAUACUGUUCUUUGCCGAUGGACGCAGACAUAUCAUGAAGAGGGUCAUUAUACGGUUUGGAUCCUCUGGUCGUACGAUAGCAGGAAUGCCACCUGUAUUCAUAGCGUGGACGGAGAACCUCACAAUUCCUACUUGCCUAUUCUGGUGGCGACUCUCUUCUUGGCUGUAACCGCUCUCUUAUUCGUUGUUGCACCUUACAUCUACAGAAAGUGUUCCGCAUCUAAAUUUGCAAAGAGCAUUUGUUGUCAAAGGCCCCAGUACUCGCUGGAUAAUGAUGAAGCGCAUGCUCCCCAAGCUGAGGGCAGUGCCACCAAAGUAAAACAUAAACGCCUGCGUUCAUUGGACGCUUUUCGAGGGUUUGCCCUGACCGUGAUGGUGUUUGUCAACUACGGCGGAGGAGGCUACUGGUUCUUCCAACAUGCACCGUGGAAUGGUUUGACUGUGGCGGAUCUAGUCAUGCCAUGGUUUGUCUUCAUUAUCGGGACCUCAGUGGUGUUGGCGUUGAACUCCAUGCAGAGGAAAGGCGUAGGCCGCCUGCAGCUGCUGCAAAAAAUCACGUGGAGAACGGCGGUCCUGCUGACUCUCGGCUUCUGCUUCCUCAACUACUCCCCGCGUGAUGGACCACUUUCUUGGUCGUGGCUCAGGAUCCCGGGAGUACUGCAGCGAUUGGGCUUCACUUAUUUUGUUUUGGCUCUCCUGCAGACUCUAGGGGGGAACGAGAAGACUGGACAAAAAGCGGAUCAAUGGUGGGCCCCCAUCCAGGAUGUGGUGGCGUACUGGCCCCAGUGGCUGACCAUCAUCCUCUUGGAGACCUUAUGGCUGUGCAUCACCUUCCUCCUCCCAGUACCCAACUGCCCCACAGGCUAUCUGGGAGCUGGUGGAAUUGGAGAUAAUGGUCUUUACCCCAAUUGCACUGGAGGAGCAGCGGGAUAUGUUGACAGGUGGUUAUUUGGGGACAACAUGUACAGGUAUCCCACGUGCAAAGAAUUGUAUCGCACCACCCAACCUUUUGACCCAGAGGGGAUUCUGGGAACAAUCAACUCCAUUGUGAUGGGAUUUCUGGGAAUGCAGGCAGGGAAAAUCUUCAUUUUCUACAAGGAGAAGAACAUUCACAUCCUGGGCAGGUUCCUCGUGUGGGCCACCAUCUUGGGAAUCUCGGCAGCCGUCCUUUCAAAGUGCACGCGAGACGAAGGAUUUAUACCUAUCAAUAAAAACCUUUGGUCAUUGUCCUACGUGACGUGUAUGGGCUGUCUCUCCUUCCUGUUGCUGGCAGCCAUGUAUUUUGUCACGGAUGUUAUGGGCUGGUGGGGCGGACAACCGUUCGUAUAUCCAGGAAUGAACUCCAUCUUGGUGUACGUGGGACACUCUCUCCUGGGUUUCUACUUCCCCUUCAGCUGGGAGAUGCAGUUCCAGGAAAACCACUGGGAGUGGCUCUUCCAAAGCCUGUGGGGAACUGCAUUGUGGGUGCUCAUUGCCUACCUGCUCUACAGAAAGAAAUUCUUUCUCAAAAUUUGACGAUUUAGAGAGCAUAGGUGUCAAAAUCAAGGCCCGGGGGCCAGAUACGGCCCGCCACAUCAUUUUAUGUGGCCCGCAAAGACAAAUUGUGUCACUACUAAAAUUACAAAUUGUCUUUACUUUGAAAAAAUAACAAUAUUGCUAGCAAUUUUUUUUUACCAUUCAUCUUUUUAUGACUGCGAUGCAACCCGCGACAAAAAUGAGUUUGACGCCCCUGAUUUAGAGGAUAUUGAAUUCUCUAUUUUGUGCAAGUCAAAUCAUGAACUUUUGUUGUCUGUAAUGGAGAUUCGCCAAACUUGUCUGCAUACAUAUUUGGAUAUUUCAUUGUCAUCCAAAUUGAUCAAAUAUAAUAAUUGGUUUUUCAACUUUUUUUAAGACAAUAAGUAAACAACUAUGUACAUAAAAAGACUUUUCAAAUAAGUUCUGCUGAUUGGUUGUCAAAUGUAAACAGCUACACUUUGAUGUAAUUAUUGACGACUUGGUCAUUAAAAAUUAAAACCCAAAUAUUUUCGUAUAUUAUCUAUAGACCGUUUUAGUACCAUUCUAUUUAGUUCCAUAGCAACAAAAUCUUUUAUUGUACUUACCUACAAUUUUUCGUAAUUUAAUGAAAUCACAUCUGCUAGUGAGUCAUGGAGUUUAAAUGAACAAAUAUGGCUUAAAAAAAAUAGAUUCCAUUGUGACUAAAUAUUGGUGCUCCUGUUGAGUGCAGGAAAUGCAAGUAACUUGUGAAUUAAUUACAGUGAUUAAAUCAAAUAUAGUGAGGUGGUACUUAACAAAUUAGACCAAGUGAUUCUAGCGCAUACCAGGUCACAGCCAUUAUAGGUCUGUUGCCAUGGACACGCCCCUUUUUCUUUGUGUGUGUGUGUGCCACCUGCCCGUUUGAGUGACAAUACUUUAAUAGGGGUCAAGACGCACAACUCACAUUAAUGGGAUGGACACCUCUCGGCUCACACUCAUCCUGUUGGAGAAUCAAGGAAAUUAAAUGUGAUAUAUCAGAGGACAGCAACAAAGCCAUGGCUGAGCCUCUGCAUAGAUUAGAUGAAGAAAUGUGGUGGAACACCUGCCGAUGUGGCUGGACACCUACAGACUGUCAGGUUCUUACACACCACACACCCUGGUUGCUUAUUAACAGCUAUGUGUGUGCUCUAUCCCAUCAAAACACAAAUUUAUUAGCAUACACAAACAAUUUUUACUACUCCCAGAUCAUUAUGUUCCUCCAUUAUUCCCACCAUGCAGAAAUCCUCCUCUUGUCUCCCCAUGAUCACUUUUGGUGGUGUGUACAUACUUUAAUAAUAAAUACGGUGACGUGAUUCUGCUGGUUGCUCCACUCUCAGUAGGGUCACUCUGGGUUCUUGACUAAGACUCAAAGUCCAUUAGGCGUUUCUUAAACUGCUCUGCCAGCAUUGCAAAUGCAUUACAUUGUCAAUUGUUCUGAUUUGGGAAGAAAAUAAUGAUUAUAAUUUCAACCAUGUUGUAAGAUUUUUAUUUUUUUUUAAUGUUGAAGCUGCACUUGAAAAAAAAUCAAGCACAAUUAGCAUGUAACUGUGAACUGAUAAUAGAGCAUUGGAUGCUUUUAAAAGAGUAAAUUUUGAAAUGCGAUGACUUCAAAUGUAACGCCAUGCCAGCUUUAAAUAAGACGCUUCUUGUGGUUUGACAUAGCAUGUCUGAACCACCACACUCCCUUGCUCCUAUUGAUUCUCGUUAUGCAUACGUCUCAAGACAGCUAUAGUCUGUCAUGUGGAAACUUUAUCCAAUGUUCUAAUGGUGCCUUCUCUGGACUCCUAUAUCACGUAAUGCUCUCUUACAUCCCUCGAUAGCGCCAACAGGAUGUACAUGUAAAUAUACAUAUUCAAAUGCUCAGCGGUGAUUCCAAAUGAUGAAAUCCUGCACAAAUGUAUAGUUGUCACUUCCAUGUUUCCCUCCAUUUGAUGAUUUAUUAAACCAUGAACAACUAUUAAAUGUAAGUGAAGGCUCCUGAGAAGUUGUGACAUGCAGUUGCAUUUAGACAUUGCUUGCAAAGUA